AUGCGAGCCAAAUGGCUUUACUUAGCCAUCUCGGCCAUACUCUUGGUUAAAGACUGCCCUACAACCACAGCUCAACGAUAUGCAGUGCUCCCACGAGAAGCUACCACUCCCACCAAAGAUGCAGCGGCUGCUUCGACAACCCACUCCACAACAUCUUCGCCUAGUGAAGCUACGCCCAAUGCCUUAUCAGAUGGAAUGAGCAGCACUUCGCGAACCCCAGUGAAAGCUACCAACGCCGCAGCAUCGGGGUCCACGGCAUUCAUAACGGCUACGCCAAUCGUGAAAGGCUCACUCAAUGUCAAUGGUACCACUACGCCUAAGAUCGAAGGGCUCCCCAUACACCCGAAAAUUACGCCAGCCUUGGCUGUUGUAGGACCCAUCUUGAUACUCACUGGCGCCCUCUAUGCCCUUGUCGGCAUCAAGACCCUAUGGCUCCACAUCUUCCUCUCGACUGCCUACAUUUUCGCCUUGGCAGUCACGAUACUGAUCGAAUUUGUGAUGCAUACCCCGGUCUCCAAUGCCGCCCAAGGCGCCUAUGUUGUGGCUGCAUGCGUUACUGGCUUGAUAGCCGGAGGCGGUUCCCUCCUAUUCAAAGAUGUUACGGAAGGUAUUAGCUGCUUUCUUGGCGGCUUCUGCUUUAGCAUGUGGUUCUUGGUUCUUAGACCUGGAGGGACGAUUCCCAACACAACUGGAAAGAUUAUUUUCAUUUCCUGCUUGACCGUUGGUGCCCCAGCUCUGUAUAUCAGCCGUUAUACUCGACCAUACGGCUUGAUCGGAUCAACAUCUUUCGCUGGAGCUACUGCAAUCGUCCUCGGCAUUGACUGCUUUAGUCGUGCAGGUCUCAAGGAGUUUUGGCUAUACAUCUGGAAUAUUAACAAUGAGAUAUUCCCUCUCCACUACGACAGCCCAUAUCCUAUCACCCGCGGCAUACAAGUCGAGACUGGAGCGAUUGUCAUUGUCUGCGCGAUGGGCGUCAUGUCUCAAAUGAAGGUCUGGAAAAUAGUCAGGAGACGAAAGGAAGAGAAGGCAAGAGAGCAAAGAAGAAGAGACGAGGAGAGGAAUGUGGCUGAUGAAGAGCAUGGGAGGCGGGUUGAGGAUGGUAUCAAGCGAGAACGAAGCUCGUGGGAAGCUGCCUAUGGUGAUCGUGAAAGAAGCAAACCUCAGCAUCUGGACUCUGGCAUUGGAACGGAUGAGCUGAGUAUUCGAAAGGGCUCGUUGAGCCUUGUUGGAACUUCAGAUGUCCGACGCUCGGAUUCUGAGGGCAUUGAACUGCAAGAAAUGGACGCUUCUCCAAACAGUCCAAAGAAAGGUGAAAGAGUCACAAUUCACGUCAUCAAGGAUGAUGAAAUUUCCCCUACCCAUUCUGCUACUGGUCAGCAUUUGGCACGCUCAAGAGGAGAAUCCAGAGAGCUUUCCAUCCACGAGUCUCAGACUGGUACAUCACAACCGUUCUGCUCCUCGGCGUCUCUCGGAAAUGCUGCAGCACUCAAGUCGGUAGACCAGAAGCUUACUCUGAAGCCAAAAAUCACACACCUGCCGUUUAAAGCGCCGGAUCCCGAUUCUGGAAGCGAAGAUGGACGCUCUUCAGUUGCCGCAUCUGCUGCUUCGGAGCACGUGACCGACAGAUGGCUCAAGAGAUUAUCAGGCACGUCUAUCGUACGACAGCUGUCCAAAAAGUCACAACGAAGCUUCAUCGCUGCAAGCACGUCGGAGGAAGCCUUGAUGAUUCCAGAGCCCGACGUUGACCGAGCCUCGUCGGUAGCCGCGACUAUUGAUGACGUAUCCGAGGAAAAUGACUCUGAGGAAGAAGCGCUUUUAGUGAGAGAUCAGAAGCCAUCUUUUGAGAUUCUCAGAAAGCAAGACUCUAUGCAAGCACUGAUGCAGGGAGCAGACCGGAGUGCAAAUCUCGGAAAAGAUGCAGAGAAACCGCCAGGACAGAGCGCAGACAAAAUGGCAUCAGGCGAUAGCCAAGCCAAGGAGGCCCAGCACGUCAAUCGGUCGAUAGAUCCCCGGCCAGAGUCUGUAGCUUUACCAGACUCUGAAAUUGCCAGUAUCACGGACGCACGAUCGACCGCCGAGGAGCCAAACAUGGAAUUGGAAGCGAAUAUUGCAGCGGAGUCAGAGGCACCUGAACCCAGAAAUAAUCUUCUCAGUAUGAAUUUACCCGGAGGCGCUUCAAGAUUGGUGACGGCCUAUAGGACUAAUGAAUGGGCGAAGCAUCUAGAUGGAGCGGAUUUGCCAGAGAUUGAUGAGCUCAAGUUUACGAAAACCCGAGCUCCAGACGCGUCGCAGCCAAUCGAGCGUGUUGCACCAGUAGAUAUCCGCGCUUUGCAGCAGACGCCACAAAACGCGGAACCGGCUUCAAUCCUGACCGUCAAAACGCACAAUUUAGGUGAGAGGCCCGCGGGCUACUUCAAAUCCAAGAACCCGUUCCACAGACAGCAGGAUACGCAACAGCUCAAACCAGCUGUGCAUCAACUAACCCGCGAAAAAGCUAUGGAAAGAACGCCCUCCCAGAAAUCCCUAGCAAACAGCAUGGAACGAUCCCCGUCGCAAACAUCCCUCAGUAGCACUCAAAGCCGCAGAGAACAAUAUCGGCCACCUCUCCCCAAAUUCCGCUCUCCCCAAUCAUCCGUCCCCUCUGCCCGCGGAUUUCGCAGCACCUCAAGUCCCAUAAUGAGCUCACCACUGAUCGAGUCUCCAAUAGAAGAAGGCGUCGAAGCCUCCUUCCCAAUUCGCUUUACUCCCUCCUCGACGCACCUGAUGUCUCAACGCGACAGCAUGCUUCACAACAGACCAUCUUCUACAUCCCUUCUGCGGACCAGCGCAUCGAGCACUACCCAAGAGCAGCACCCAGCAUUGCGCGGCCUGAAGGAAGACGACAACAUUUCCCUCUCGCAGCGGAAAACCCUCCUCCAACAGAAUCCAUACUCUAUUCCUCAAUGGCACCGCUCAUCUUCCGGCCCAAGCUCAGGUGCAACCACGCCAAUCUACUCCCACAAUGGCGCAACUACGCCCAUCCACUCCCGCAACGGCCCCUCUUCAACACCGCAACCCUUAUUCAGGCGUCCCUCAGCCACGCCUCGUGACUCCACCAUUUCAGCAUGGCGCGCCAGCCUUCAAGCAUCAAAAACAGCCCACUACCGUGAUCAAGAGAUCGAAGCCCGCCGCGCGAAUCUCCUAGCCGAGAAGCGGCGUGAGAGUAGCAGCAGGCAAGAGCAAAGGGUCAACCAGACCGUGACACAAAAUGUCAUGGACCGCGGUAUGAGACAAAGCAGUAUGAUGGAGCUGCACCAGCAGCAGAUGCGGAAGAUGCAGGCGGAGGCGAACAAAAGUCUUGCCUGA